CUAUCGACUUGUGAUGGUCUACUAUCCCAUUUUGUUCUGCAAGCCUAUAUUUGGCUGAUUGGCUGUACCGCCUUUAUUGGUAAUAUUGCUGUCUUUAGUAUGCAUGUGAAGGAAACAAAAUGCAAAAAAAACGGAGUUCCAUCAUUUUUAAUCGCUAAUUUAGCAGUUGCUGACUUUAGCGUGGCUAACUAUAUGUUAAUUAUUGCAAUUAGCGAUCGAUUUUACAGUAAUAAUAAAUUUGGAGUCAAUUCCGAACAAUGGCUACGCAGCAUGCCAUGUUUAUUCGCCUGUUUUAUAUGUUGUGCAGCAAGCCUAAUGUCUGUCUUUAUGAUGCUGAUUAUUAGUAUUGAUCGAUUUAUUUGCAUGGUUUAUCCGUUUUCUAAAAGAAAAUUAACACUUAAAUCUGCAUUAUUGUUGGUUAUGGGCUUUUGGCUCUUUUCAAUUACAUUCGUUGGCGUUCCGGUUGUUUAUAGCAUUGGUGCUGAUGGAGAUAAUCGAUUGCAUGGUUACAGUAGUAUAUGUAUGUCUAGUAAUGUUCUUAAUCCAUAUUUUAAAAUGUGGAUUACAGCUUAUGUAUCUAUUACUAUUAUCUGUUGGAUUAUUACAUGUUUCCUGUACACUAAAAUGCUAAAUUCGAUUCGUCAAUCAAGUCAACAAGUACGCAAAAGUGAGAAUAGUAAAGAUAAGCGUAUAACUAUACGUCUGUUCCUGAUAUUAAUCACGGAUUUGAUCAGUUGGAUUCCGUAUUAUAUCAUUUUCAUGCAGGUUUUACAUACAUCAGAAUCUGUAAACAUAUUAACACUGCAAUUCGUCAUCAUAUUUGCCUUACCAAUCAAUUCUGCAGUAAACCCCUGCUUAUAUACGUUA